AUGCCGGCCCCGGCCGAGGCAGGCCGAGCCCCCGGCCCGCCGGAUGGCGGCUGGGGAUGGGUGGUGCUUGUCGGCGCCUUCGUUUCCAUCGGCUUCGCCUACGCCUUCCCCAAAGGCUUGGCCAUCUUCUUCAAAGAAAUCCAGGAUUUCUUUGGCACUUCCUAUAGCGAGAUCGCGUGGGUCUCGUCCAUCUCGCUGGCCACGACGUACGGCGCAGGUCCCAUCAGCAGCAUUUUAGUGAACCGCUAUGGCAGCCGCCCCGUGGUCAUGUUUGGGGGGCUCCUGUGUGGCGUGGGGAUGAUCUCAGCUGCCUUCUGCACCAGCAUCCUGCAGCUCUACAUCUGCGUGGGCUUCAUCACAGGAUUUGGCCUUGCUCUCAACCUUCAGCCGUCAGUGAUAAUCAUAGGGAAAUACUUCUUGAAGAGAAGACCCAUUGCCAAUGGCCUUGCUAUGGCAGGGAGCCCCGUGAUGCUUUGCACCCUGGCACUUCUCAACCAAUUCCUUUUUGACAAUUUUGGCUGGAGGGGCAGCUUUUUAAUUCUUGGGGCAAUUUUAUUAAACUGCUGUGUGGCAGGAGCUCUCUUCAGACCCAUCGGGGCACGCACAGCGCUGGUGACAGCUCCGGUGACUGAGGAAGGGAAGGAUGCUGUGAAAAGAAACAUCACUGAAGAUGGCCCCGUGGAGAACAAACCAGAAGAGGAAGGAGGAAAGGACUGCUUUGAAAAAAUCAAUCAGUACCUUGAUUUUUCCCUCUUCAAACACAGAGGGUUCUUGAUUUACCUGAUCGGGAACGUGCUCAUGUUCCUGGGGUUCUUUGCCCCCAUCGUUUUCCUGGCACCCUACGCCAAGCACACCGGCAUAGAUGAUUAUUCAGCCGCUUUCCUGCUGUCCAUCCUUGCUAUCGUGGAUAUGUUUGCUCGCCCCCUCACCGGCAUCAUUGCCAACAGCCGGUGGGUGAGGCCGAGGAUCCAGUACUUCUUCAGCUUCGCCAUCGCCUUCAACGGCGCCUGCCACCUCCUGUGCCCGCUGGCCUCCAGCUACACUGGGCUCAUCGUGUACUCCAGCUUCUUUGGCCUGGCCUUUGGCAUGGUGUGUGCCAUGCUCUUCGAGACGCUGAUGGACCUGGUGGGGGCUGCCCGGUUCACGAGCGCCGUCGGCCUCGUCACCAUCGCUGAGUGCUGCACGAUUCUGCUGGGACCUCCUAUUGGCGGAAUUCUUAUUGAUGCCUUUGGGGACUAUAAAUAUAUGUUCAUUAAAUGUGGAGCUGUGAUGGUCCUGGCAGGAACCUUCCUGUUCAUCAUGAAUUAUUAUAAUUAUCGUAUGCUUGCCAAGGAAGAGAAGGAAAGAAAGACAAAAGAAGAGGAUCCUAAAUCUGUAAGAACAGAAAAUGAAGGCAAAAAAAACUGGAACAAAGACUCUACACAGGAUGGCCCUGAGCUGGAACCUUUGAGGGAGAAGGGAGAAGGAGUACAGAAGGAAAUGAAUGGCACAAUUGAAGUUUAAACCUGUUCUCAUGGGUUGAAUGGGAAAUGACUUCUGGGUUGCUCAAGUGAGCACCAGCUGUGAAAUCACACUAGGUUUUAAAAUUUUACUCUCUUCUCUGCCAUGUACAUCCUCUUCUUUGUUGUAAGAGAAGACUAGAACAGAAACUGAUUCCUAUAAACUGCUGGGACACUGCAGUAUCCACUUGCAUACCAAAGGGCCUGCAAGAUUUUCCUUUAAAUAUUCCUUAUUUCCCAGAGAAAAGGGAAAGGUGAUGUUUUGCAGGGGGCCAGGACGAAGUUGACAUGAGACAGGAGUCCUUCUUCAUUCAGGUGUUUUGUCUGUGCAGGGCAGAAAUUUAGUCUUAAGCUUAGCCCUUGACCUACAUUCAAACAGUGCAAGUUUAAUUUUUCCCUAGGAGGUUAUACAGCCCUUAUUAUCCAAUUUCUGUGUGCCUUACCACUUCUAGAGAGCUUUUUCUUUACAACACCCUGUCGAGACAGUAAGUGUUGCCACUAUUAAUUAAUUGUACAAAUGAAAACCUGAAGCACGGAGGAGCUUUGGGCAUCAUUGCAUCAGUGAAUAAAGCUUAGGUGUGCCAGAGCUGAAAUGGAAUCCAGUGCCCCGAGUUAGUUGCCUAAAAGCCCUGCCAAGCACAGGUAUUCCCGUGCCAGAAAACAGGGAAUACAACGGACAGUGGUGCAUUAAGCCCCAGCCUGCUCCUCAGUGCACUGUGCUCACUGUGUGCCUCACACUACUCAGGAUCAAUGAUUUUGAACACUGUCUCAGAGCUGGGACACUGUGCCUUUUUUUUUUUUUUUUUCAACCAGCUUCAGUUGCAUCCAUCCUGGAGGGGAUCCAAACCCAGCUGCCUCCCCCUUGUCUGGGCUGGAGUAGGCACCUCCCUGGUGCUGGCACUGCAAUUCCUGCUGGCCUCCUGCCACCCUGCUGCGUUAAGGAAAGUUUGCCCUGGUCAGUGGUGCAGAGGCGGAGCUGAGACCACUCAGCUCUCGUCCUGUGGUGAUAAUUGUGAUCUGGGAAGAUCUGCACUCUGCUGUCUUUUAUACCAAGCACCUGGUGCCCGAGAGCUGUGGAUGCCGAGCAUGGCAUCAUGGAGUUGAAUCACCAGGCUUCUGUGGAAUGUCAUGGAUUUGAUUAGAUAAAAAGCAAGGGCUUUUCAGGCAGAUCACCCAAAUCCAAAGCUAAAACUAGUCCAAAGGUCAGUUCUCCUUUUUUUUUGCUUCAAUGGUACCCAUAUGAGAUCAGAUAAUAUUUUUUCUUCGAAGAACUGUAUUUUCUUGUCACUUGUGUACACAAUAUGAAGAAAGCCUUGUAAAAAUACUUUAAUAAAUACACUCUACUCUUAAAAUUAGAUCAUUCGUAUCUUCUUGCACAAAAGC